AUGGCUUCCAACAGUACCUACGCUCUCUCCGAGACGCAUCGCGAGAUGCUGGAAAACUCUCUGGUCGCGACGGACCCCGAGGUCGCGGAGAUCAUGAAGAAGGAGAUCCAGCGCCAGCGGGAGUCCAUCAUCCUGAUUGCGUCCGAGAACGUCACCUCGCGUGCCGUGUUCGAUGCUCUUGGAUCGCCCAUGUCCAACAAGUACUCGGAGGGCUACCCUGGCGCUCGCUACUACGGCGGCAACCAGCACAUCGACGAGGUGGAGUUGCUGUGCCAGAAGCGUGCGCUGACGGCCUUCCACCUGGACUCUGAGCGCUGGGGUGUCAACGUGCAGUGCCUGAGCGGCAGCCCGGCCAACCUGCAGGUGUACCAGGCCAUCAUGCCGCCUCAUGGCCGGCUGAUGGGCCUGGAUCUGCCCCACGGCGGCCAUCUGAGCCACGGCUACCAGACGCCGCAGAAGAAGAUCUCGGCCGUGUCGACCUACUUCGAGACCAUGCCGUACCGGGUCGACCUGGAGACGGGCAUCAUCGACUACGACACGCUGGAGAAGAACGCACAGUUGUUCCGGCCCAAGGUACUCGUGGCCGGCACGUCGGCGUACUGCCGCCUGAUCGACUACGCGCGCAUGCGCAAGAUUGCCGACUCGGUGGGCGCAUACCUAGUGGUGGACAUGGCGCACAUCUCGGGUCUAAUCGCGGCGGGCGUGAUCCCGUCGCCAUUUGCGUACGCGGACAUUGUGACGACGACGACACACAAGUCGCUGCGCGGACCGCGUGGCGCGAUGAUCUUCUUCCGCAAGGGUGUGCGGUCGCGGGAUGCCAAGACGGGCAAGGAGACGCUGUACGACCUGGAGAACCCGAUCAACUUCUCGGUCUUCCCCGGCCACCAGGGCGGCCCGCACAACCACACGAUCACGGCGCUGGCAGUGGCGCUCAAGCAGGCGGCGUCGCCGGAGUUCAAGGCGUACCAGCAGCAGGUGGUGGACAAUGCCAAGGCGCUGGAGGAGACGUUUAAGCAGCUCGGCUACACGAUGGUGUCGGGCGGCACGGACUCGCACAUGGUGCUGGUGGACCUGCGGCCGAUCCCGCUGGAUGGCGCGCGCGUCGAGGCGGUGCUGGAGCAGAUCAACAUUGCGUGCAACAAGAACAGUGUGCCGGGUGACCGCAGCGCGUUGACGCCGGGUGGCAUCCGUAUUGGCACGCCGGCGAUGACGAGCCGUGGCUUCGGCAAGGCCGACUUUGAGCGCGUGGCCGGGUACAUUGACGCGGCCGUCAAGAUUUGCCUGGAGGUGCAGAAGUCGUUGCCCAAGGAGGCCAACAAGCUCAAGGACUUCAAGGCCAAGGUGGCCAGCGGCGAGGUCGAGACGAUCAACACGUUGAAGAAGGAGAUUGCGGCCUGGUCUAGCGGCUUCCCGCUGCCGGUCGAGGGCUGGCGGACGGAUGCCGGCCUGUGA